UGCAGAGUCCAGGUUCCUGCCAGAUGAAUCUGACCAGGCCAGAUGGAUACAUCGAGGCUCCACCACCUUCCAGCUCAUCCUCACAGUCCACUGCGGAGUGCAGCUACACCAUUACCGUCUAUCUGGGCUAUGGAGUGGAGAUUCAGGUGAUGAAGGCUGAUCUCUCUGAGGGAGAAAAAAUGGUGUUUGAAGAUUUGGGCCGUGGGGAGAACUCGAUGCUGGCCAACGAAUCCAUCCUGAUGAGAGGCCUGGUGGUCCGGAGCCACAGCAACCAGAUCUCCAUCCGCUUCCACAGCCUGCGCUCUCCUGCUGGGUCGGUCCUGCUCAGAUAUCAAGCCUUCCUGUUGAGCUGUGUUUUUCCUGGACGGCCUCUCGACGGCGACGUAUCGGUGAGCAGUCUCCACGCUGGGGGACGGGCCUUCUUCUCCUGCCUCACCGGGUAUCAGCUGGAAGGCCCCGCGGUGCUGCACUGCCGCAACGCCAGCUCCCCCUACUGGAGUGGCAAGGAACCACACUGCCGAGCUGUCUGUGGUGGGUUUAUCAGGAACUUCACUGUGGGCCGGAUCGUCUCUCCUGGGUUUCCAACCAACUACAGCAACAACCUGACCUGCCACUGGAUGCUGGAGGCCGCUGAAGGCCAGAGACUGCAUGUUCACUUUGAGAAGGUGGCGCUGGCUGAGGAUGAUGAUCGACUGCUGAUCAAGAAUGGGAACAGCAAAGAUUCAUCUCCCUUGUAUGAUUCAUAUGAGGUGGAGUACCUACCCAAUGAAGGCCUGAUCAGCACCUCCAGACAUCUUUUCAUCGAGCUGACCACAGAUGCCACAGGCUCAUCGAUGGGCAUUGCCAUUCGAUACCAAGCUUUUUCAGCGGGCCACUGCUACGAGCCCUUUGUGAAAUAUGGGAACCUGAGCAGCAGUGACCACAGCUGGGCGGUCGGGGCGGUGGUGGGGUUCACCUGUGACCCUGGCUACACUCUGGAACAGGGCUCAGCCGCCAUCGAGUGUGUGGAUGGGAGGAAUCCUGAGUGGAACGAGACGGAGCCGGCCUGUCGAGCUGUAUGCAGUGGUGAAAUCACAGACUCAGCAGGGGUGCUGCUCUCUCCGAACUGGCCUGAGCCCUAUGAUAAAGGUCAGGACUGUAUCUGGGGAAUCCAUGUUGAUGAGGAGAAGAGGAUCAUGUUGGACAUUCAAGUUCUGAACAUCGGGAAGAAUGACUUGUUGAGCUUUUAUGAUGGAGACGACCUCGCAGCCAAAUUGCUGGCUCAGUAUGGAGGCCCGAAGCCUCGCUUUAAGCUCUACACCUCCACGGCAGAUGUAACAAUCCAGUUUCAGUCCGACCCAGCCACAAGCGUCCACGGUUUUCGGAAUGGCUUCGUAAUCCACUUCUUCGAAGUAGCACGGAACGAUACCUGUCCUGAACUCCCUGAGAUCUCCAACGGCUGGAAGAGUGCGUCUCACCCUGAGCUGGUGCAGGGCACGGUGGUGACCUACCAGUGUUACCCCGGGUACCAGGUGGCCGGAGCCGAGCUGCUGGUGUGCCAGUGGGACCUCACCUGGAGCGGCGACAUGCCGAGCUGCGAGAGAGUGGUGAACUGUGGUGACCCUGGACAGGUGGAGAACAGCAGGCGGGAGUUGUCAAGUCCUCAUUUUGUUGUGGGUUCAACUAUCCAGUACAUCUGCAACAAGGGUUUCACCCUGUCGGGAAACAGUCUGCUGACCUGCUUCAGGCGAGGGUCCUCAGGCCCCCGCUGGAACCAGAGGCUGCCCAGCUGCCUGCCGGAGAGCUUUGAAGCCUGUAGACACCCAGGUGCCCCCCCUUACGGAACACCCAGCUCCCACAAACAGCACUUCCAGGCUGGAGAGAGCCUGCGCUACUCCUGUUCCCCUGGCCAUCGGCUGCUGGGUGACCCCAAGCUCUACUGCAUCCCCGGACAUCCAUCCCAGUGGAGUGGGCUUCCUCCAGUCUGCCAAGCAGCGUCUUCAGCAGACGUCAUGAUGGAGCCAGCACUCGUCGUGUCGGCGGCUCUCUUCCCGGUCAUCCUGCUCCUCAUCCUGGCCACUGGAAUCAGCCACUUUUCAAAUUUCUACGAGUCGCCUUGA